AUGAGUACUGAACGUUCUGGCCCCUCGGGGUCUGCGAAGAGUAAGUCGCGCUCGCGAAAUCGGCGCUACCAUAAGACGUCAAAAGACGCGUCUCUUUCGUUUCCGAUAAAGCGGAGUACAGCGGCCCUGCAGGAACCACCAUCGGUGUUUGAGAAAUCUCCAAUUUUGGAGCGUUUGUCGAAAAGGCCGUUUGCAAAACAAGCUACGCCCAGUCCAAAACGACCUCGUAAGAGCCCUACGAAUUCUAAAGAUGCGAAGAUCGAAAAGACUGGGGAUGUUGUUUACAGCAAGAAGGAUAAGUUAGGUGACGAAAGAGAUGAUACUGUUGUAACUAACGUCCAAAGUUCUCCAAAGGACCAGCGUCGUUCUCGUAAGAAGAAAAGAAGGGAUAAGGAACGUAAAAGGAGUAGCAAAAAACGCUUGGAUAGAAAAUCAAAUGAGGAGGAGGAGGAUGACGAUGGAAAAGAAGACAAGGCAGUAGCCCGAAAAGAUCGUAAAAGAAAGAUCACAAAGUCUCCGAUAUCGGACACACUGGUGGCUGCUUACAGUUCUGAUGGGGGUGAUGAGUCACACCCACCUAAACGCACUUCUCCAGCCACUCUUCCUCGUGCCCACGCCGCGUCCUCACCUGUUGUGCACAGCGAACGCAAAAAAAACCUAGCUUCUGCUUCCUCCCCAUGCGCUGCUGCACCCGCGCCUGUUACCAAGGUGACGAAAGGCACGGCUAAGUCAACUUGGGACUCCAGUGACAGCGAUUUUGAGGAGACAAUUGCCAAACCGUCAACCCCACCUUCCGCCGUUCAAAAGUCCGCUAAAACACCUGAAAGUAAUUGUGGGGUGGAGAAAACGCAGAAGGAUAGCAGUGUCUCACGUAAGCGUUCCCAUUCGCGUGGGCGCUCUCGCACCGCCUCCUCUGGCAGUGCGUCUUCCUCUUCCUGUUCGUCACGCCGACGAAGCUAUUCCUCUCGGUCCUAUUCUUCUCGACGGAGGUCCUACUCCACUUCGUCUUCAGUCAGUAGCAGUAGUCGCAGUUCCUCUAGAUCUUACUCCCGUCGUAGACGUAGUCGACGUCGUCGACGACAUGGUCGUCGUCGUCAUCGUCGGUCCUCUACUCCCUCCUCUUACUCUCGAAGCUCUUACUCCCGUUCGUCGAGUAGAGGACGUGGAAGUAGAAGGCGGAGGUAUUCACGUAGCAGCGGCUCCUACCGAAGGAGAUCUUCAUAUCGAUCCUACUCCUCCCACAGCCGGCGCGGCCGCUAUACCUCUUCGGAGCGAUCUCGCACGCCAAACUCACGAGAUGCUUCUCGAACUCCGCCUCCUCCGGUGUGUCGUCGGACUGUGAAUCAACGCAACUCCGGUGGUGUCACGGCAGCUGGCGUGGUUAGUCCCGCAGAAACUCGCCUCUCUCGACCACUAGGAAACAAGGGCAGUUUCAUUCGUGGCCACAAACCCUCGGAAGCGGUUGCAGCGGCAGCUAGUGCAGCUGUUCGAAAGAUAACUGGACGGACAGAACCUAGUCCACCUUCUACACCACCAGCACUUCCGAAAACGGAGGAACCAGAAGUCAAGGAGGAGAGCAAUGAAGAGGAGGUAGAGGCCACAAAAGAACCUGAUUCUAACUACAUCGGUCCGCAGGUGCCCCCAGACAUGGCCAAAAAGCUGGGCUUGAGUGUGGACUCUUCGCCGCCUUUAAAGUCGACCAAUCCCACUGCACCGCCUAACAAUAACAAUAACGCCAGCAAUAAUGCUAAUAGCAACAACUGGAAGGCUCAUGUUGGUGCCAAAAGGAAAUCCGAGAGGGCAGUUAGUGAGGGCACAAAGAAGCAGGAGGAGAUCAAGGCAGAUUUUAUGACUCCACCCGAAAAGGAUGAUCAGUACAAAGCUCUGCAAGAACAGGCCAAAGAGCAUGUACGUCAGCAAAUGCAGCUCCAGGCGAGCCAGCAGCAGCAGCUUGCUGCCGCGGCGGCUGCUGUAGCCUCUGCGGCUGCUGUCCAGCCCGCCACUACGGCGUCGGUCGCCAUGCUACCUGCCACGGUCGGCCACUUCUCUGUGAUUGAUCAGUUGAGGCAGAGACAACAAAUCUGUCUCCUGUCCGGAGCUAUGGAUCAAGCGUUAGCCUUGGAGAACAUUAUUAGGCAACAUCAGCAAGUUGAGGCUGCCACUGCCUUGCAGCAGCAACAGCAGGCCUUGCAAAUGCUUGCUCUGCAACAACAUCAACAUAGCGCCAUUAUAGCAGCGCAGCAACAACAAGUUCAGCAGCACCAGGUACAAUCAGCUCAACAAGCAGCUCUACUCCUUGCUGCACAGCAGCAUCAAGCAGCUGCUGCCGCUGCUGCUUCCCAUGCUGACAGCACCGGUGCUGCCGCCGCCGCUGCCAUGAUCGCGGCGCAGCAGCAACAACAACAGGCUGUUAUUCAAACGAUUCUUCAACAAAGACAGCAACAGGCGCUGGCUGCUGCGGCUCAACAACAGCAGCAACAGCAGAUCCAAAUGCUCUUGCAAAUGAAGGUGCAGCAACAGGCAGCAGCUUAUGCCACCGCGGUGGCCGCGUCCUCUGCUACACCCGCCGUGGCGCCAUCCAACGCUGCCGCAGCUGCUGCUGCUCCCCCCGCCAGUGUUCCCGUAACGACGACUGCAGCAGCAGUAGCCAACACCAACUCGACAAACGGUGCUCUAUCAGCGUCUGAACCGCCUACUGGCUCUGAUGCCACCAAUUCGCAGUCUCCCACGAUGCUUGCUGCUAUGGCUGCGGCACAGAGAAAUCAAGCAUUCCAACAAGAGCAGCUUCAGAAACAGAUCAAUGCGGCCGCUAUGGUUUCCGCUAGUAUGGAACAUCUUGCAUCUGCUAUUGCCUUAGUGGUAAUAUACGAGCCAGAGCUCAAGUACUGGAAGCUUACUCUGCGCUGUGGCAUCGCCAACGUAGGCGACGCGUUCGUACCUGCAGUCGAAGGCGCUCAACGCGGUGUGGGUUCGUGUUGCGGGAGUUUUAGGCUGCUCGUGACAACUGAGAUCAACAUGUGGGCAAAAGCGGGUGAUUCGUGCCUCGUCUUUCCACCCACUGGGAUGGAAGGAGGGGGGGGCAAAUGCCUUGCAGGUUUGGUGUGUGCGAUGGUCCAGCAGGGCAUGAUGGCGCGGGAGUCGCGUGGAGUGGGAUGGGCUGGCGGGGUAGGUUCGGUUCACCAGCCUGUUGAUGUAAACGUGGUGCCUCCCGAUAAUAAGGUGUUUUGGAAGCGUGUUUGUGAGCCUUCAUUUCGGCAAUCUGGGUGGGAGCGCGACGUUGAUGAUGUAUCCACCUGCUUGUCCUCAACUGCUUUGUCCGCUUCUCCAAACCCCUUGCUGAGUGUUAAGGUCGGAGGUCUUAGUCCCCUCUCUUUUGUGCAGCUAACCGGUGGGGUGGCCACCGGGAUGGCUUUGACACAACAGCAACAGCAGCGUCAGCAGCUGCUUGCCCUCCAGGCGGCGGCUGUGGCCGCACAACAGCAACAGCAGCAACCCGCGACAGCUCCACAGCCGGCCACGUCACCCAACAGCCUCUCGUCCGCUGUGCAACAGCAACUCGCGGCAGCCGCGCUCUACCAGCAACAGCAGGUGCAGAGUCAGCAGCAGCAACAACAACACGCGGUCGCCUUGUUGUUUGCUGCUCAACAGUCCCGAAUGCUUCGGCCCUCGUAG